AUGGUUUCCUACGCAGUAACAGGCGCCUCGCGCGGUCUCGGCUUCGAACACAUACGCCAGCUCUCCGCCACUCCCUCCAACAUCGUCUUCGCACUCGUCCGCAACACCACCUCAUCCCCUAAACUCACAGCCCUCGCAGCUUCAAACCCAAACGUACACAUCCUACCCGGCGACCUCAAUUCUAUCACCCAACUGCAAGAAGCCGCUAACAAAGUCUCGUCCAUAACCGGCGGCAGCCUUGAUAUCUUGAUCAACAACGGUGCAUACCUCGAUACUGAGACUCCUGGAUUCCUGCCCACUUCUCUAUCUUCUCCCGAGAAUAUUGAGAAGGUCAACAGCGCGUUCCACAAGGGCAUAGACACGAACGUCCUUGGCGCUAUCCACGUAACCAACACCUUCCUGCCGCUCAUCCUCAAAGGGACCGAGAAGAAAAUUAUCCAUACCAGUAGCGCGAUGGGGGACGCGGCGUUGGUGCUCAAGGGGGGUGUUGCGGGGGCUGUCAGCUAUAGUGCUACUAAGGCGAUGCUGAAUCUUGUGGUGGCCAAGUUUGCGGUUGAGUUGGCGGGACAGGGGGUGCUCAUCUUGAGUUUGAGUCCGGGGUGGGUUGAUACUGAUGAGGGUGAACCAACGCCAGAAUCGAAGGCAGGUCAGCAGUAUCUGCUCGGUUUGUUCCAGAAAGUGGAUCCUGAGAUCAAGGGACGUAUUGCGAAGGAGGUCAGUGUCAAGGAUCAGUUGGAGACGAUUGGUAGGGUGACGAUGGAGAGUAGUGGGAAGAUGAUCAGUCAGCAUGGGAAUGAGGACUGGUUCUGA